UUAUAAAUCUUUUUAUUUACCAAAUAUUCCAACAUUAUUUAAGAAAAAAAAAAAAAAAAAGAAGCAGCACCAGCGGCCAUUUCUGUAUUGAAAAGCAGUAAUCCUCCAGUCUCUGUCUCAAAUUCAAAAGUCGAGGUGAAGUAAUAAGGGAUGUCAUCAAGAAUGAAAAUAAAGGCAAUUACAGUCCCAGAUCAAUACUGGUGGUGUAAGCAUAGGCGGAUGUUGAAGGGACAAAUUAGUUUUCAUCCCCAAGAUUUGAACAUGCCAACAUUAAUCAAGAGACCUUCUCAAGCUAAAUGCUGCAGGGCACAAGCUGUUCUCACACCAGUUUCUGAUCCACCCUCAACUACAAAAAAGCGUGUUUUCUCUUUCGGCAAAGGCAGGAGUGAUGGCCACAAGGGGAUGAAGGGCUUGUUGGGAGGAAAAGGAGCGAACUUGGCGGAGAUGGCGUGCAUCGGAUUGUCAGUUCCCCCGGGUCUGACAAUAUCGACGGAAGCCUGUCAGGAGUACCAGCAGAUCGGAAAGAGGCUGCCGGAAGGGCUGUGGGAGGAGGCUUUGGAAGCUUUGAAAAUGGUGGAGAAGGAGAUGGGAGCUACUCUUGGAGAUCCCUCGAAACCACUUUUGCUCUCUGUUCGCUCCGGCGCCGCCAUAUCGAUGCCUGGUAUGAUGGACACUGUGCUUAAUAUCGGAUUGAAUGACGAUGUGGUGGCAGGGUUGGCGGCGAAGAGCGGCGAGCGUUUUGCCUAUGACUCCUACAGACGUUUUCUCGACAUGUUUGGCGAUGUUGUGAUGGGGAUUCCGCGUUUAUUAUUUGAAGAGAAGUUGGAGAAGAUGAAGGAAGCAAAAGGGUUUAAACUUGACACAGAGCUGAAAGCUUCUGAUCUCAAGGAGUUAGUUGAGCAGUAUAAGAAAGUCUACCUUGAGGCUAAGGGCGAAGCUUUUCCUUCUGAUCCAAAGCAGCAGCUGUUUUUAGCCGUGAAAGCAGUUUUUGAUUCAUGGGACAGCCCCAGAGCCAUCAAGUACCGAAGCAUAAACCAGAUAACUGGGUUGAAAGGAACUGCAGUCAACAUUCAGUGCAUGGUGUUUGGAAACAUGGGAGAAACUUCCGGCACCGGCGUUCUCUUCACUAGAAACCCAAGCACCGGCGAAAAGAAGCUUUAUGGAGAGUUUCUAGUCAAUGCUCAGGGAGAAGAUGUGGUUGCUGGAAUCAGGACACCUCAAGAUCUGGACACGAUGAAACGAUGCAUGCCGGAGGCUUACAAGGAACUUGUUGAGAACUGUGAAAUCUUGGAGCGACAUUACAAAGAUAUGAUGGACAUUGAAUUCACAGUUCAAGAAAACAGGCUUUGGAUGUUGCAGUGCCGAACCGGAAAGCGAACGGGUAAAGGUGCAGUGAAAAUGGCCGUAGACAUGGUGAAUGAAGGACUUAUUGACACUCGCACAGCCAUCACAAGGGUGGAGCCGCAGCACCUGGACCAACUUCUCCACCCACAGUUUGAGAACCCGUCGGCUUAUAAAGACAAAGUGGUGGCAACAGGGUUGCCGGCGUCGCCUGGUGCUGCGGUGGGUCAGGUUGUGUUCAGCGCGGAUGAUGCAGAAGGGGGGCACGCACAGGGGAAAAGUGUGAUAUUGGUGCGGACAGAGACGAGUCCAGAAGAUGUCGGCGGCAUGCACGCGGCUGCCGGGAUCUUGACUGCUCGUGGCGGCAUGACAUCUCACGCCGCCGUUGUUGCUCGCGGCUGGGGAAAAUGUUGCGUUGCUGGCUGCUCCGAUAUUCGUGUCAAUGACAAAGAAAAGACUGUUACAAUUGGGGGUUUGGUUAUUAAGGAAGGAGAUUGGAUUUCACUGAAUGGGAGCACAGGUGAAGUGAUAUUAGGAAAACAGCCAUUGUCUCCUCCAGCUCUGAGUGGUGAUCUGGAAACAUUCAUGUCUUGGGCUGACAAAGUUAGGCGUCUCAAGGUGAUGGCAAAUGCGGAUACCCCUGCGGAUGCAUUGACAGCCAGAAACAAUGGUGCUCAAGGAAUUGGCCUUUGUAGGACAGAGCAUAUGUUCUUUGCUUCGGAUGAGAGGAUAAAGGCAGUGAGAAAGAUGAUAAUGGCAGUCACACCCGAACAAAGGAAGGUUGCUUUAGACCUCUUGCUUCCUUACCAAAGAUCUGACUUCGAGGGAAUUUUCCGUGCAAUGGAUGGUCUCCCAGUGACAAUACGAUUGUUGGAUCCUCCACUUCACGAAUUUCUUCCGGAAGGCGAGCUGGAUUACAUCGUAAAUGAAUUAGCUGCAGAAACAGGCAUGACUGGAGAUGAAAUUAUCUCAAGAAUUGAGAAGUUAUCGGAAGUGAAUCCUAUGCUUGGUUUCCGAGGCUGCAGGUUAGGGAUAUCAUAUCCGGAACUGACAGAGAUGCAAGCCCGUGCAAUCUUUCAAGCUGCGGUUUCCGUCACCAACCAUGGUGGCAAAGUUCUACCAGAGAUCAUGGUUCCUCUCGUUGGUACUCCUCAGGAAUUGCGACAUCAAGUCGAAUUAAUACGUAAUGUUGCGAAGCAAGUGUUCGCCGAGACCAGCACCACCGUGACCUAUAAGGUUGGCACCAUGAUUGAAGUCCCUAGAGCUGCUCUGAUUGCAGAUGAGAUAGCAAAGGAAGCAGAUUUCUUCUCCUUUGGUACCAAUGAUCUGACCCAAAUGACAUUUGGGUACAGCAGAGAUGAUGUUGCCAAAUUCUUGCCUAUUUAUAUCUCUAAAGGCAUUUUGCAGAAUGAUCCAUUUGAGUUUCUUGAUCAGCAAGGUGUCGGCCAACUCGUUAAAGUUGCUACCGAAAAAGGCCGUGGAGCUAAACCUAGCUUGAAGGUCGGGAUAUGUGGAGAGCAUGGUGGAGAGCCGUCUUCGGUUGCCUUCUUCCAUGAAGUUGGACUUGAUUAUGUUUCAUGUUCACCCUUUAGGGUUCCAAUUGCAAGGUUAGCAGCAGCUCAGGUUGCAGUGUAGGAGAAGUUGGAAUGGCAUGGGAUUUGAAGUAGACGACUAAGUGAAGUGUUCUUGGUUAUCAAUGAAGCCCUUGUGAAUAAAAUCUUUUUCUUCCAAAUAUUUACAGUUCCUAACUAGGGCUAUAUACACACAGCUCUAUGAUUGUAACAAAGAAGCUAUUUCUGAUUUUCCCAUGUUGUACAUAUAAAAAUUCCAUAGAAAAAAAUGAAAAAGAUUAGACUUUGAAGUAAUGGUGCAGCAGUAGGCUUUUACAUA